AUGUGGUUGGUAGUGUUUGUUGCAACUCCUCUUCUCAUCUUCGUGGCCAUCGCCGGCACUCUGCUCACCCUCCCUUCCGUCUACGGCCCCUUUGACGUCGGCCAUUUCAGUGAGGACGACUUCACCGCAGAUGACAAGAAAGACGCCGAUCGAUCAGGAUACGCCUUCUUCUCCAAACACAAGGACAGCAAUGGCAAACUACGCACCGAUGUCACCGUUCAAGUCGUCGUUCUUGGCGACAUUGGCCGCAGCCCGCGAAUGCAAUACCACGCCUUGAGCAUAGCCUCGCACGGCGGCAAGGUGAAUCUCAUUGGCUACGUGGAAUCGGACGUCCACCCAGACCUGCUGGCCAACCGAUACAUCAACAUCAUCCCCAUCACACCCUUUCCAAAAUUCCUCCAAACGAGCAACAAACUUCUCUUCCUGCUUCUCGCCCCCUUCAAAAUCGCCUGGCAGACGUGGAACCUGUACUACACCCUAGGCUACCGCUCGGAAGCGACCAAAUGGAUGCUCGUGCAGAACCCGCCGUCCAUCCCCACCCUCAUCGUCGCGCAAUUUAUCUGCUUCUACCGCCAUACGUUGUUGGUCAUCGAUUGGCAUAAUCUGGGCUACUCCAUUCUAGCUAUGCGAUUGGGAACAGACCAUAAACUCGUGAAGUACGCCGAACGCUACGAAUCAUACUGGGGCAGUGGCGCCACAGCCAACUUCACCGUCACAAACGCCAUGGCGAAGGUCCUGGAGCAGAAAUGGGGUAUUCAAGCUACCGCGCUGCACGAUAGACCCCCGAAGUACUUCCAGCCGUUGUCCGCUAAACAUCGCUCUGAGUUCCUUCGGCGAUUACCAGAGACGGCAGAGUACGUUUCGGACAUUGACGGCAAAGCCUGGCGUCUGCUAGUGAGUUCCACCUCGUGGACACAAGACGAGGACUUCUCCCUCCUGCUCGAUGCUCUGGUGGCGUACUCCACCGCCAUCGACGGCGACCAGACUCUGCCCAAAAUUCUCGCUAUCAUUACUGGCAAAGGUCCACAGAAGGACCACUAUCUGUCGCAGAUCCGCAGAUUGAACCAAGAGGGCAAGCUCAGCAAUGUCUUGAUCAACACGGCGUGGCUGAGCGCAAAGGAUUACGCUGCAUUGCUGGGCUCUGCGGACCUCGGAGUCAGUCUUCACACGUCAUCUUCCGGAGUGGAUUUGCCGAUGAAGGUCGUGGACAUGUUUGGCGCCGGUCUGCCGGUGGUGGGAUGGAGCAAAUUCGAAGCAUGGCCGGAGCUUGUGCAGGAAGGGAAGAACGGCCGCGGUUUCGAGAGUGCGGAUGGCCUAGCCGAUCUACUGCGCGAGCUGUUCGGCGCUGGAGGCCAGAAGCUGCACGAGCUGCGAAGCGGCGCUGUAAAGGAAUCCGAGCGGAGAUGGGAGGACGAGUGGAUGCCCGUCGCCGGCAAAUUGUUUGCACUUCGCCCUUGA